AUGGGGCUCAUCUCCCGAUGGAAGGCCAGCGACCUGGGCCAGGAAUUGACCGGCCCUUUGAUCGCAGUUUGCGGCUAUGCUGGCCUGGCUGGCGCGGGAUUCGGCUGGGACAAUUGCUACUGGGCCGGUUUCUUGGGCAUGCCAAAGUUUGCCCAGGACUUCGGAGUGUACAAUGCUGCGACUGGCACCUACUCGAUUCCUGCCUCAUGGCAGUCGGCUGGUAGCGGCGCACCCCUGGCCGGUGUUGCUCUUGGCUGUCUCUUCUCUGGUCUCGUUGGUCAGAGAUUCGGUCGUAUCAAGACCUUUUAUCUGGCUUCAAUCAUUGCCAUUGUCGGAAUUCUGAUCCAGGUGUGCUCAUUUGGGAACUUCUGGCAACUCAUGACCGGGCGUAUCAUCAACAGUGUGUCCAUGGGCUUGGUGUGCAAUGUUGUCCCGACAUACCAGAGCGAAGUAUCUCCAGCCAAGAUCCGCGGUUCGCUGAUCAACAUUUACCAAUUCUGGCAACUUCUUGGGGCUACCAUGGCUUGUGUUUGCAAUUGGGGCUUCCAGGCUCGUAUGGACCAAUGGGCAUAUCGUGUGACGCUUCUGAUCCAGUUCAUCAUUCCGGUCGUUCUGAUCGGGGGCGGCUUCUUCCUGCCCGAAUCACCCCGUUGGCUUGCUGGUCGAGGACGUUUUGAAGAGGCCCGCAAAGUCCUCCACCUUCUUCGCCGUGGCACCCCUCCGAGCCUGAUCGAUGAAGAAGCCAACUUGCUUAUCAAGGCUGAAGAGCAGAACCACGAGCUGUACCAGCGGACAUCCUGGGCAGAUGUCUUUAAAGGAACCAAUCUACGACGUACAUUGAUUUCGGCUGGCGUUCAAUGCCUACAGCAAGCCCAGGGCAGCGGUUUUAUCGUGCAGUACUCGGUCAUAUUUCUCCAAACUAUUGGUGUAACCAACAGCUUUGAGAUUCUGAUUUACUUGUACUUCGUCAAUUGCAUCUCGUCCGUCCUGGCCUUCCAUUUUGUGGACCGCAUUGGCCGCCGCCCAUUGAUGAUUGGCGGGGCAUGCAUUCUCGGUUUAUGCAUGUUCGUGCUAGCAGGGCUUACUGGGUUCCAUGGAGGUGACGCAGGUGCCCAGAAGGGAGCAUUGGCUUGUCUGUUUAUCUGGCAAUUCGUUCAGGCUAUAUCAUGGGCUUCUUGUGUCUGGAUCGUCUGCGCUGAAGUACCCACACUUGCUGUUCGAGAAAAGACGGUUACCGUGGCUACAUUCAGUGGGUUCUCCACGAAUGUACUGAUUACAUUCGUCAGCCCCUUUAUCCAGGAUGCUGGAUACGGUAAUCUGCAAGGAAAGAUCGGCUUCGUCUGGGGCGGAGGUUCUGUCGUUGCUGCUCUGUGGGCCUUCUUUGUUCUCCCUGAGCUCAAAGGCAGAACCCUCGAGGAGUUAGACGAACUGUUCCAGAAGCAUAUCAACGUAUUUGAGUUUGGCAAGUAUGAAACUACAGGAGCCGGAGCAACCCUUGCGGUCAUUGAGGGUAUGGCCCAUCAAGUAGAUGAGAAGACUGCGGCGAUAAUAGCCGAGGAGGGGCUCGAGAAGAAGGAUGUUUCGCCAUAG